UCUUGCCUGAAGUUCACUUAACAGCAAUCGCCGGGUUUUCCAAAUCUGUUAAAAUUUCCCACCAAAUACUUGAAAUAAUAGAAAAAAAAACUCUGGAAUCACACAUAAAACCCAUUGCACUGAGCUUACCAGGCAUAGAUUUACAAGACUUCAAAAUGUGGAAGUUAUACGUGUACUUGGCGACCAUCGUUAAUUUGGGGUUGUGUGGGGAACAAGUGAAGGUUAAAGAUGGAAUUUUAGUUUUGAACAAAAACAAUUUCGACCAAACCAUAUCCAACAAUGAAUACGUUUUUGUGAAAUUUUAUGCAUCGUGGUGUAUACACAGCAGAAACAUGGCGUCGGAGUACGAAAAAGCAGCAAAUGAAGCUUCCAAAUUGCAAAUGCCCAUCAAAUUUGCAGAGCUAGAAAGUGAGAACCACACAGACCUGAUGAAUAGAAACAAAAUUAAGGGCUAUCCCACACUGAUUCUCUUUAGACGAAAGACGCCUAUUGAAUACCCCAGAAGCAACGAUCGUACGUCUGAAGCAUUUAUUUCGUGGUUAAAGGACCAGACACUGCCCACAGUGAAACAACGGAACACUACUAAAGAAGCAGAAGUUCUUACUAAAAAUGAAGAAACUGUUGCUAGGUUUAAUUCUUCGAUUGUUGCGUCUCAGGAAGGUAACCUCGAGGACCUGUUUAAAAAAGAGCUGGAUCUGGAGUUCAUUGAUGAUGUAUUAAAUCCAGAUCAGUGAAGGAUCUAUUUCUUUUUUUUAUGAGUGGGGUUUGCUGUUAUCGCUACUGACAUGUUAAUUACACUUUGAUCUCCACUUCAAUAAAGCUCAAAAGGAUUUGCAGUUA